AUGGGAAAUAAAUUUUGCAAAAUAGAUUUAUUUUCACAGACGCUCAGAUUUUUUUAUCCUACCAAAUUAAAUCAUGAAAUCUUUUGCAGACACUCAUUAGAAAGGGUAAUUCUUAGAAUUGAUAGAGGUUUUACAGGUGGAGUUGAUUUUCUAAUAGCUACAGCAAUGGGUGCUGGUGAGUAAGGAUUUGGUUCUGUGGCAAUGGUUGCCACUUGAUGUGUUAAAGCUUGCAUUUGCCACACAAAUAACUGUUCAGUUGUUGUUGUCAGUCAGCAAGAAGAACUUCGAGCACAGAUUCCUGGUGUGUCUGGUGACCUUGUUAAUUUCUUAUAUGUUGCAGAGGAGGGGCAUGGUAUCUUAGCACAAUUGGGUAAUGAGAAGUUGGAUGAUAUGAUUGGACAAACAGAUUUAUUAGAACCACCAGAUAUCUCCGUAGUAAAAACCCAACAUCUUGAUCUGGAUUAUAUCUCAUCGUGUUAAAUUGCCAAAUGUAGCAGUACUGAAAUCAUGAAUCAAAAAGUUCACUCUAAUCAUCCUGUUCUCGAUGAUACUUUACUUUCUGAUCCUGAGGUUUUACUUCUCUAGUUGUGUCAUCUUAUUGUGUAUGAAUGGCUAUGCCUCAACCCCGUGUAUACUGGUGUUGUGUCUAUGUUCGAUGCAUCCAUGCUUUCAACAUGCCCAGAAAUACAAAACACAAAAAGGGGGGGGGGGGAGUAACACUUGAAGCAAAAAUGGAAAUGGUACCACCUUUCACCCGAAAGGUGUAAGAAAUAGUACAAAAUAAAGGGAUCGAAGUAUUGUGGCUUAGGUGUCUUGACUUCCAUGGCCACUUUUAUCUCAGAUAAUUUUAAUUUGAGACUUAAAUCAUAGAAGAAUGGAGGUGGGGAACUGAUAGUGGUCCACAGCUGGGUCAGAAAAGAGAAGAAGGGUAAUUGUAGAAGUCAGUCGCUUUGCAAGAGAGAAAGGGUACUUGAGUAACGAACAAGGAACUCUUAUGAUCUUGAAAACGCAUAAUCACACAUAGCUGUCGGCUCAUGGCAUUAUGUUUUAAUAUCUUUGAAGUGUCCACCUUGAAGGCUAUUAAGUCUAUUUACAAAGAUGUUUUCUUGAUCAUAAAUCUACCUUAAUAACUUAUUAUGAAAAUUUUUUUUUUAAAGAUAUAUUACUGUAUACUUAAUUAAGUAAAAUACAUUCUUCUGUUAAGGUACCAUUUCAAGUCUAUCCUAAAUUCUUAAAAGUUGUCAAGUUAUGUCCAUAUGAUAUCAUACUUGGGCCCUUAUCCUGUGCCAGUAUUUGCACUUCCUUGGUAACAAAUUUGCAGUUUUAGACUCCAAGAAAAUUUUCAAGUUAAGGAUGUCAGUAUAAUCAUAGUUGCAAAGUUUCACGAUAAGACCUGUCCAUUAAUGAUUUGGCCAUGAACUCUAGAAUCAAAUUUGCAUGUGGCUGUUUCUGUUAAUAAUCCUUAUGCUAAGUUGCUAUCUGAAUAAGAAACCCUACUAAGCUCAGGCAUAAGGUUUGUUAAGAGGUCUAGAUGGAAAGUAUUGACAUCUUUCAACAUGCAAUAAACUAGUUUCGAGUUCCGAAAAGACCUUUAGUUUUGACAUGGAAAAACAUAAAAGAUUUUAUCAGACUUUGCCCUAUAACAUAUUCUAAGUGGUACUUUCCUACGUUAGUGAGGUUUCCGAUUUGUUUGGCUUACUCUUAGAGUUUCCCUCUUCACCUAUUAUUAAUUGAUAUUAGGUUGGAUACUAAGAUGGUAUAUGAGCCUAGGUGGUUCUGUAGGUCGUUGGUCUUGUUGUUUGUUGCCCUUAUUUGUUCGUUCACAUGCUAGGCCCCUUUGUUGAGUUGUUAGUAUUUGACCUGCAUGUUAGAUUGUUAAUUGCUAUUAUCAGCUUACCAGACGUUGGUUAAGUCAUGAGUUUAUUGUUUAUUGUAGCCUUUAUGCUCAUAUCAGGCCUUUCCACUUGUUGCCAAUUGGUUUAGGUUGGAUACCACAAUAGGAACUAAAUUGGUUGAUAUAAAUACAAAAUUUCGAAAUAAGGUAACAAAGUGAUAAGAUGGAUUUUGAUAUUUCAAUUACGUUAUGAAGAAUGUGAAUUGAGUUUAAUUUAUUCUGCAACAUCUGUAGUAUGAGUUGCUACUAGUAGCCAGCAUAAAAAGUUUUCUUUAAUUCUUCGCAUAUCUCUGCUGCAAUUGAAAAGGAGAAAGAGGUACACAAGACUGUAUAAAUAUACAAUGUUGACCGUGCUGCUUGCGGUCGUGUAGCAGGUGUGAUUGCAAAGAAAUAUGUGCUGACACUGGAUUUGCAGGGAAGCUUAAUUUAACGUUAGAUCUGAAUUCUGAAUAGCUGAUGUGAGUGCUAAAAUAGUUUUAUUGUUGUCCAUAGAUUUAUUACCUGUAAUGCUGGGCAGUCAUUUGCAUGCUUCCUGACUCCUGGAAUGAAUAUUCAGCUUAUUGGAGAAGCUAAUGAUUUUGGAGGAAAAUUAUUUUUUACUGAAA